AGGAAGCAAACGAGAGGAGAAAGUGGAAGCAAGAGAGUGUCAGUGAAAGAAGGCAGUCUGACUGCACAAAAAAGGCGCUCGGCAAAUAGCGCGCACUCAUUGAGUCAGUUAAAUUCUGAACACGGAGGGCUGGUGCAUUUGAGCUCAAGAAAACAGUUUUCAGUGUGGAGGGACAGGACAGAGACAGACAGAAACAGAGGAAGUGAAGUGAAAAGAGGAGAGGUUAUUUGUGGAGAGAUGGACUCAGAUUCUGGGGAUCAGAGUGAAGGAGAGAUCACUCCAGGGCAAGAGAGCUUCAACUCCAAGAGUUUGGCCCUUCAGGCCCAAAAGAAGAUCUUGAGUAAAAUGGCCACCAUGGCCGUGGCAAACCUCCUCACGGACGACACCAGCAGCGAGAUUCUUGACGAACUCUACAAGGCCAGUCGUGAAUACACCAAGAGCAAAAAGGAAGCCCACAAGAUCAUCAAAGAUGUCAUCAAGAUCGCACUGAAAAUUGGCAUUCUCUACCGGAACCACCAGUUCAGUCAUGAUGAGAUGGAGACCGUUGAGCGCUUCAAAAAGAAGAUGAACCAGGCAGCCAUGACGGUGGUGAGCUUUUACGAGGUGGAGUACACGUUCGAUCGCGGCAUUCUUUCCGAGCUGCUGAUGGAAUGUAGGGACCUUCUUCACGAGCUGGUGGAGCACCACUUGACCAUGCGCUCCCACGGGCGAAUCGACCACGUUUUCAACCAUUUCGCAGACGUGGAUUUCCUGACCGAGCUGUACGGCCCAUCUGAAGAAUACAGAUUUAACCUGAGGAAGAUCUGCGACGGGAUAAACAAACUCCUAGAUGAAGGCACACUUUAACCUCCAGUUCACAUGACACUCCAUCAGGCCGCUGGGAUUCGAACUGAGUGAUUUUACACAACUUGUUUGUUUUUUGCUUGAAAGAUAGGCUGUCAUGAUAACUUGAUGAUGGGAUUGUAACCCAACCUGUAGGGAUGGUCACCCAGAUGCAGAUUAAAGUCAAAUCCUGGUCUGUUUUGUCAACAUUCCGAAUGAUUGUUUGGGGAAAAUCUGUUUAAGUGGAAAAUCUGAAUGAAUCGGUGUCCCUAAAACCUGCCCUUUGUGUGAAAUUGCAGGACCGUUUUAAGCAACUUAUUCUCAUCCAAGGGCGUCAUUUAAGUGACGCUUUUGAAAUUGCGUCUAAAUUCGACGCACACGUCAAUAUAACACGCUUCGUUAUGGGUAGGUUUAGGUCUGGGGUAGUGUUCGGGUUAGACCACAAGGAGGCGCCUUCUGGCCCAUAUAUAUCUGCGUUUCAUAUUGACGCUGAAGGGUGCCAUGUGGGUAGGAUGUAGACGCAAUUUCAAAAGCGUCACCUAUACGACGCCUUAGGAUGAGAACGGGCUGUUUUAAAUUACGAGCUCCUUAAUAUGCACUGUAUGAAAUUUGACCUACCUAUCCUUUAUGAAUGGCCUAUCAAUGCAACCCUAGCUCUCUUCAGUAUGUCAAGAACCAGUUAAGAUGUCCAGUUAAUCUACUCGAAAGUUAAAGGGAUAUAGUUCACCCCAAAAUGAACAGUCUGUCGUCAUUUACUCAUCCUCAUGAUGUUCCAAACCGUUAUGGCUUUAUUUUUACUGCGGAACACAAAGGAGAUGUUUAGCCUAAUCUUUCAAGGUCUCCUUUUCCGUAAAAUGAAAUCAAAGGGGAACAAAAAGUAACAAUAAAUGUACAAAAAAUUUGUCAAUUUUCACUGAUGACUUUUUUCAUUAUACCAAAAUUAGAUCAAGCAAUUAGUUAUGAAAGUUACACAAAACAAUGUCAUUUGGUAUUAUUGAUGGCAAACCUGACCCAAUUUGUUCUCACAGCAUAUUUGAAUGUGGAUAUGAACUUAAAUACAUCAUUACUUCAUUUUGAAGUCCAAUGCGACUCACUUUCUUGUAGGAGAAGUAUGGAUCGCCUCUAAAUAACACAGGCUUGAAACAAGAUAGGGCAAGUAAAUGAUAAUGGAAUUUACAUAUUGUUUGGAUGUGCUAUCCCUUUAAGAUUACAAAAGCAUUGAGAGUUUAAUAAAAAAAAAAAAUGGCGCAGACCUUUGUUGAACAGAGUGUUUGCCAAAAUAAAUAAUUGAAGUGCAGCAGAAAGAUUGUAAAUAAACUUUGGGGUUUUGAUCUUUUCUCUUUUGCCUUUGUAAUGACUCAGUGUCACAACAGCUCCUAUGAUCCUGCUUGGUUUUUCCAGAUCUUGAUGUUUCAGAGCAUGUUAAUGUGUGUAUAAUACAUGCAGGAGAGAAAUGUGACUGUUCCAUAAGCCUGUUCAGUAACCCCAAAGUGUAGCACUAUUAGCUGUCAUUAAACGGUCCAUAUGAA